AUGGCGUCCCUCCAAGCCCCAAUCGGCCUGCUCUCGCCCACCAUGCGUGGCUGGAUCAUCUCAUCGCUCCUCUUCGCCGGCGUUCCGGUCGGCGUUUACGGCCAUCUGCGCAUCGUCGUCAUCGGCGCCGUCUGUCUAGCUGCUGGCGCCGCCUUUGAGGCCGCCGCCGUAAACCUGUCCAUGACCCCUUUUGGCCGCAUUAAGGUCGGCCUCGGCCAGGGACUAUACCUUGGCAACCUCCACGUCUAUCUGACCGAGAUUGCGCCCUCCACCCACCGCGACCGCGUCGUCGCCAUGCCGCAGGCCCUGGUGAUGCUGGGCUUGUGCGCCGACUGCUUCACCUGCUACGCCAGCACCAUCAACUUGUCAGGGGAUGCCCAAUGGCGCAUCACCAUGGGCAUCCAGGCAGUUUGCGGCGCACCCCUGGCUCUCGCAUGCUGUCUGCUGCCCGAAUUUCCGCGCUGGCUGCUCAUCAAAGGUCGUGACCGUGAGGCCAAGAUCAACAUGCGGGGGCUGGAAUUUACGCUUGACGAGAUUAUGCACGAGGUUGGCGCUAUCGCCGCUGCGACCGAGGUUCCUAGUGCCUAAGACUCCCCGGUCUCAUUGCCUGCCGCUGCU